AACAUUCGUUUGAACUGAUAAGAAAUAGCAUUGUUAAACUAGCUAAAAACUGUUUCAAUAGUUUAAAACAACUUUACAUAUUGCAAAAUUAUAGUUUGGAUUACCAUGAAGCCAAUUCCAAUAUUUCUAUACAUUAUUAGUUUUGCUUGUUUAAGUAAGUCAGCUACUAUUGGUGAAGACAACUUAGUGCAAGUUCCAAGCGUCGUCAUGCCAGUUAGGAAUUAUGAAGAUCCUAAGCCAAAAGAAAUAGUUGCUGUCGUUGUGGAGCCAUGUCCAUGUGCAAAAGGAUCAACUUUAGAUGAAAAAGUUCAACCGAUCGUACCACAGGUAGACGAAAUUGAGCCAAUACCAAACAAAGGAGGUGUUUUUUCACUUCUUAAUGUGAAAGGAAAUUGUCCGGAAGGCUUUUUGGCCGAUAAACUAGGAAAUUGCAGGGAACUAUAUUGGUAGUUUGCUUAAUGCCAAGAAAGUAGAUCUUGUUGUUUUGACAGUUAUUUUCAAUAAAUUACUAAACAUUU